UUAGCCUAAACUCCAAUAAUUCAAAAGCCACCUUUCUUAGACGCGUUCUCUUCACAUAUCAAAGUGUAUUCCACAUACUACACACAACACUACAUAAUAAGCAAAUUACCGGUAUUUAAUUUUAUCGUUUUGAACAAGUAACACGAUUCUAACCGGUGCUGAACGUGGUCCAAACACUGGUGUGGGUACUGAACAUACGAGGCACUUUCACUCAACGCAAAGAAGAAAGAAACGGUCUUCGUUCGUUCUCUUAACUUCAUGCUUCAAUUGUGCAUGUGCUUAUAAUAACGCGUUAUUAGUUAUAGUUUCUAAGUUUGUUAAUGAACUGAGACUAUAUUAUAUGUCACCAGAAAGUUACAAGUUCAGAAUAAAGAAGUCUUUUGAUAAUCUGAGAAGAUAAGUUAUGCAAUGGCACCAAACAAUCAGGAUCAGGAAGAAGAUAAAUGCAACGUUGAAAGUGAAAACUUUUCAGAUUUUUCCGCAGAAAAAUUCGUAAAUGAUUUACUUACACAUGGAAACACAGCACCCUGUGAUAACACAUGUGAUGCCUUCAAUAAUAAUACGGACCUACCCACUUUUUACGAUAAGUCCUUAUAUAAAUCUGGACAAAAGUUUUAUUACAAACACAUUUUCGCAUUAUUCCUGUCAAAACUAUUUGGACUUAUCGCUGUCUUAGCCAUUCCAACGAUUAAUAGCAUUCUACGUUUCACAAAUCAAUCCUCAUCAGAAUAUAAAUCCUACAGAAGAUACAUGUCGACGAUUUUCCACAUGUGCAUUUGGUAUGACGAAGAUUUCACCCCUGGUUCGAGGCUCUGGCAGUCAGUUAUUGAAGUAAGAAGGAAACACAAUUCUGCGAGCAACAGAGGUUGUUGCGCUGGAAUUAGUAGGAUAACUCAGAAAGACAUGGCACUAACACAGUUUGGAUUUAUGGGAAUUGCCCUGACCAAAAAAGAAAAAGUUGGAAUAUUUUACACAACAGAAGAAGAAUGGAAAGCCUUUAUACAUAUCUGGAGGGUUGUUGGUUAUUUAAUGGGGAUCGAGGAUAGAUUCAACAUAUGCAGAGAGUCUGUGAGUGAGACGAAAGAAAUUUGUGAAAUAUUAAUAGAUAAGUUGUUUGUUCCUGAAAUGGAAAAGAAAAACGAAACAUUUUUGGAGAUGGCAGAAUAUCUUAUCAAUGGGAUGUGGUGUUUUAAUCCAAAUUUGGAAGUGAAAGUAUUUAUGACGUUUUUAUACAAAAUUUUGACCGAUAACAAUCAAAAUAAUAACGACACUCGACCCACGCCGAAUUAUUAUUUUGACUUAAACAAAAAGGAAACAAAAAAAUUAAAUUUUUUAAUGUGGGCCGUCUCAAAUUUGAAGUGGACCAUUUUAAGAGUUUUCCACAAUACUUUGCAUAAAUGUUCCAUUUGGUUAAUGAAGGUAUUUCCAUUCUUGGCGUAUUAUAAAUUUGGAAGAGCCAAGUCUUAUGUGCACAUUCUCGAAAACCAUAGCAAUUAGAAAGAUAUAUAUGUAAAUACACUUAAAAACUAGUCAAUUAGAUGAUAUCAUUUUGUACUUAAAGAAGAAUAUGAAGAAAAUAAAAGUAUUAUUUUAUUGUAUAA